AUGCGUCUUCUUGCUGUACUUGCAGUUAUUACCCCCCUUGUCCUUGCUCUACCGGCAGACAAGAGGGAGUCUGGCUGUGUUGCCUUGAACAACUGCCCUGGUAAGAGGGAAGUUCUAGAAGGCCUCUCGGAGAAGGAGGCUGGCUGCAUCAUCCUGAACAACUGCCCGGAGAAGAGAGAAGCGCUGGUAGGCCUCUCCGAGAGAGAAGCAGGAUGUAUCGUUCUGGGUACUUGUCCUGACAAGAGGGAGUCUGGCUGUGUGGCGCUGAACAACUGCCCUGGUAAGAGAGAAGAAGUCGCAGGCCUGUCGGAGAGAGAGACCGGCUGCAUCAUUCUGGGAACAUGCCCCGAAAAGCGGGAACUUUUCAACGGCCUGUCCGAACGAGAGGCUGGCUGUAUCAUCCUGAACACCUGUCCCGAAAAGCGAGCAGCGUUGGUUACGAGAGAGUCUGGCUGUGUGGCGCUGAACAACUGCCCCUCAAAGAACUAG